AGGUAUUGAUAGUCAUCUUCAAUGGACCCACAGAGCACUGGAGAACCAACGACUGUCAAGUCCUGAUUGAUCAGGGUAUCUAUGUGGAGUGUUCAUGCACUCACUUGUCUGACUAUGCAGCCCAAGGCGAGACAGAUAACAUUGUUGGCUACAACGUCUACAUCUAUGCAUUUUGUUUCAUCUGCAUUGUGGGCCUGUUGUGUGCCAUCAUUGCUCACAUCGUCUGCUCAGUCUUCUCCAUGUUCUCGGCCAAGCUUCUCAUGCAUAUGUGCAUGGCCGCCAUGUCACUCCAGAUCAUCUUUGUCAUCUCAGUGUAUGUGAGUAGCUCUGUCUCUGCACCCUCCUGUGCUGGCCUAAAGGUGCUGAUCCACUUCUCCUUUCUGGCACAGUUCAUUUGGAUGGUGUUACAGGCGUUCUAUUUGUGGAAGGUGUUUGUGAUCAAUGAUGAGCACUCCGACAGAUACUACAUUCUGUUUAUUGUCAUCGAUCGGCUGGUGUGAGUAGCUUCAUCCUUUAUCCUGUCUCAACCAAUCAGCCCACCCACCAGCCAGUCAUCUUGUGAACCAGUCAGCCUACCCACCAGCCAGUCAUCUUAUGAACCAGUCAGCCUACCCACCAGCCAGUCAUCUUGUGAACCAGUCAGCCUAUCCACCAGCCAGUCAUCUUGUGAACCAGUCAGCCUACCCACC